UCUUACUUAUGGGUCAAUUGCUCUAUAUCCCUCCGUCAUCUCUUCCUAAAUUUUACCACAGAUUGUUAAAUAUGGCGGCGAGUCAAACGGUCAAUUUUACUCUGCGAGCCCUACAGCUCAUCUUCGCCAUCGCUAUUAUGGGAACAGAUGGCUACGCUAUCAACUCAUUUCGCAGCUACAGUUCAUAUGAAGACUCCUGGUUUGGCGAUCUAUACUUAACAACCGGCGUCCCCGAUGCAUGGGGCUUCUUGAUGUUCUGUGCCGCGUGGACGUUUCUGGUCGUCUUAUUACCUAUCAUUGCUGGAAGAACCAGAUUCGUGGAUCAUAUAUGGAUGGGCUAUAUUUAUGUCGUCGGGGAGGCUGUUGCUGUCCUCUCUUGGCUUGCUGGUUUCAUUGCCGUGGCUGUAAAUAUCGGGAAUGAUGUCUGUCCAGCAGGAGGAAGCGAUGUAUGUCCUUCAGGACAUAACUGCUGUGCGGUGCUCAAGGCGGCGACUGUCUUUGGGGCCUGCGAAUGGCUGCUCUUUAUGAUCACUACAGCCCUGACUGUGCUUGUCUUCAGAAGCACUCGCCAGCCAAAGACUGAAAAGACCACUCCCGCUACAGCUACUUGAUCAGCGGGUAUACGAGUACUUGGGAUAUACGAAGCCGUCUGGCUAUGAGAUCUUUGAACUUCAAGCUUCGAAUAAGGAUGAUGAUGACAUUGGUUUACCUUGAAGGAUAGUAUGGGAUAGUUGGAUCAUUGCUCGAGAAACAAUCAACUAGCUAGUUAAUGAGAGACUAGAGACAUGAUAUGCUGUUGGAGGGAAUAAGAACAAAACGUAUUCCCUGGGAAGGCAGAUAAACAUCCACUGAAUAGCAAUAAGAAAAGGGGAAAGGGAAAAACUUAUGUAUAAGAGAAUGACUAGAUUCUGCUCAAAAUACCCGAAACGAAAUGGGAGAAAAGUGCGAGGUGGCAGUAUCCAAAGCACUGAUAGCCGUUG